GCGGGAGCGCGCCCGGCGCGAAGAUGCGCGGAGGGGAGGAGAGGGGGGCGGCGGCGAGGCGGGGCGGCGCCGCGCAGCCCCCUCCGCCGGCCGGCAGCAGGAACUGUGGUCAAAACAGAAAGCUGAGGAGUUUAGCAUUUUAUCGAAGGCAUACAUGUAGACCCUGAUGCUUGAAUGAACGCAGAAUGAAAAUGCUUCCUGGAGUGGGUGUUUUUGGAACUGGCAGCACUGCCCGGGUACUGGUCCCGUUGCUGAGAGCAGAAGGCUUCUCCAUCGAAGCGCUCUGGGGGAAGACCGAAGAGGAAGCAGAACAGCUGGCCGAGGAAAUGAACAUCUCCUUCUACACGAGUCGGACUGAUGACGUCUUGCUGCACCAGGACGUAGAUUUGGUUUGCAUCAAUAUCCCUCCACCGCUAACUCGGCAAAUUGCUGUGAAAGCUCUAGGAAUAGGGAAGAACGUGAUCUGUGAGAAAGCUGCUACCUCUGUGGAUGCCUUCAGAAUGGUUACAGCUGCCAGGUAUUAUCCCAAGCUGAUGAGCAUCGUUGGCAAUGUUCUCCGUUUCUUGCCGGCCUUUGUGAAGAUGAAGCAGUUGAUAGAAGAACACUACGUGGGCAAUGUGAUGAUCUGUGAUGUGCGAGUUUACGGAGGAAGCCUGCUCAGCCACAAGUACAACUGGAUCUGUGAUGAGUUAAUGGGAGGAGGUGGCCUGCAUACAAUGGGGACGUAUAUUAUUGACCUCUUAACUCAUCUCACUAGCAGGAAAGCAGAGAAAGUGCACGGCUUGCUCAAGACUUUUGUGAAGCAGAACACAGCUAUAAGUGGGAUCCGUCAUGUCACUAGUGAUGACUUCUGCUUUUUCCAGAUGCUAAUGAGUGAGGGUGUCUGCUGCACUGUGACUCUCAACUUUAACAUGCCUGGAUCAUUCAUUCAUGAAGUCAUGGUUGUUGGAUCCACCGGUCGCCUUAUAGCUCGUGGCACGGACUUGUAUGGGCAGAAGAACACGGCACUCCAAGAAGAACUACUGUUUACAGAUUCUCUGACUGUCAACAAAGGCCUUUUGGAAAAGGAAUUUAAAGACAUCCCACUGCUUUACCUGAAAGGAAUGGUGUACAUGGUGCAAGCAUUGCGACAGUCUUUCCAAGACCAGGAAGAUCGUCGGACAUGGGAUCAUAAACCUGUUUCUAUGGCAGCCUCUUUUGAAGAUGGCCUGUAUAUGCAAAGUGUAGUAGAGGCCAUCAAGAAAUCCAGCAGGUCAGGAGAGUGGGAAGCUGUGGAAGUGAUGACUGAGGAACCAGAUGCCAAUCAAAAUCUUUGUGAGGCACUGCAAAGAAAUAACUUAUGAACAGUCCUGUCCUGGAAGAUGGGACAGUUAACAUUUCCAGCUGCAACUGUAAAAAUCUCUGUUUUUAAGAUAUGUAGAUUCUUAUUUAAUAUGCUCAGUCUCUUGUUUUUUUUUUUUUUUUUUUUAAUGUGUGUGAAAUAUGUCAUGUUCUGAUAGAAACUGUUCUGAUUUAAAAUUGUUUGAAGAGUUUUAAAUGUUUCCUUUUUCAAAAUGUUUAAUUUUUGUCUUGGAGACUGUUAAGAAAACUUGAAUUGCCCUUUGCACUUGCAGUAGCUAAAGUGAAGCAUGGGAUCUCUGCCAUUGCAUGGCUUGAAAAUGGGAUGCAAUCCCAAAUGCACAGGUCGCUUAUUUUAACAGUUUUAACAUUAAGGCAAGUAGAGCAGGAUCAGGGAGCCAGGUGCCUUUGCCUUCUCUCUUGGGGAUUGACUUAGUUUUACUCCUCAGUUUGUAAAAUUUUAUAAAAAAGAAAAAAGUGUGGUGAUGUAACAGAUCUCUAAAUUCCUGUAGUACAAAGAGUAGAAGGAAAUGAAUACAGUUUGUAAAAUAAGGAUCAGUCUUUGGCUUCUUGUACCUGGCAGAAGUCUUUCAAAUUCAUGUAAUGUGCUAUUUUAUUUAAAUGAUGCUAUGGAUUCUCUGUUGAGCUUCUCAACAGUCAUGAGGAAACUGUUCUGGAAGUCUAUGAUGGUUUGUGCUAUUUCUGCAUAUCUGCAGAUAUUAUUCCUUCUACACAAGAGGCUGACUGCAUCCAGCAGCUUUUUUCUUUAAGUACCACGUCCGUCAGUUGUGUUUACUGCCUGGCAGCCUAAAUGCCAAGACUGUAUUGCUAUUUUCUCAUUUCCGUGACUGUUAAUAAUGGCCUCACAGUGUCACAAGUGGGGCGCAGGAUUUUCACAAUGUUAUUGUUAAUGAAGCUGUAAAAUACUAACCUUCUAGAAAUCUGAAGGUGGAAGUAAGAGGGUAUUUCCUACCUCUCUCAGCUCCUACGGGCUGCCUGGGGAAUCGUCACACUACGCAAAUCCUGAUAGCUAUCCUGGGUAAGUUGUUCUUACUCUCAGACACUGGAUAUUUACCUUCUAGUCCUGUCCAUCCUCACGCCCUCUUACAGUGUGUAUCCAGUGGAGAUAUCUGGCACAUCGUGAGUGGAAGCUCAUUGCAUUUGAGAAAUGUUUAUCUCUUAGGCUGUUGUUUGGAAAGGAUAAUCCAAUUUUACUACAUUUAUUUUGUGUACUUGAAAGGUUUUUUUAAAUGUAUUUCACACUAAAUUGUAACCCUGUAUAUUUAUGUACGUUAACAUGCAAACAGCUUUUUCAUAAGCUGGUCCUUCCUGAAGAGUAUCUUACUUGUUUUCUACAGAAAUAAAAAGUUGUGUUUG